AUGGACCUCACCACCGCCAUUCUUGCGCAUCCAAGGGUUAUCGCGGUUGACGUGGACUUGAACAGUCGCGCGGAGCUGGCGUCAGUAUUCAUCAAGGCAUUUGAUGACAAAGGGAACGAGUUCCCCAUUGACUUUGAUGAUGCAUGGCGCUUCUUGGGCUACAGCACCAAAGCAAAUGGCCUUCGCAAGCUCAAGGGUGGAGGAUUCAGGGAGGGCCUUGACUACAGGGGCACGAAAGGGGGGGUCAUCCAGACGGAUGAGGGGUCUUAUGAGGGGUUCGCACCUGACAAAUACUACAUGACCAUCAAUGCAUUUGAGCUCUUUGCCAUGAUAGCAAUGACUGAGACAGGCAACAAGGUGCGGCAGUUCUUUCGAGCAAUGAGGGACGCCUAUGUCGAGUUGACACACAUGCUGCAGUCAGGCACUGACAGAGAACAAGCAUACAUUUUAACGUACGAGAAGAAAAAUUGCACUUACGUGGCUGCAAUCCAGCAGCAGCCGCGUCUUUGCAAGUUCGGCUUCACUACAAACAUCAAGGAGCGCUACAGUGCGCAUCGGAGGACAUUUACAACACCGUACUUCUUUGAGCUGCGCCACGUUGUCGAGGCAGACGACCCAAAGAAGGCUGAGGAGAUCUUCAAGAACUUCCCGGACAUCAAGGACAAUGUCCAGCAGCUGAAGAUAGGAGGCAGCAUUCAGCGGGAGACUUCCUUAAUGCCCGAUACGAUGACAGAGGAGAGGUUGUACUUCCUCAUGAGAAAGGCGUGCCGGCAGUCGGCAUCACAGGAUAUUGUAAUGUCAGAUUCACAUGACUAUCUGGAGAUUGAGCGCGAGAAGACUCAGCAGAUGCAGCUGCAAGUUCAACUACAGAGAGACGUUGAGCUAGAGAAAUACCGGAUGGACCACGAGUACCGAAUGGAGGUUUUUAAGAGGAAGCGGUGCGAAGAGGACGAUGAGGGCGGCGACACACCAGAUCACGGUGGCAAAGCUCAGAAAGGGGUCACGCCAAGGGCCGGGCCCAAAGAUGAUGACAGCAGAAAGGAGCAGACGACGGACGAAGCAGCACUUGACGAGGAGGAAGAAGCGGUGGCAUCGCAUGAUGACGAGCCGGAAGAGCCUCCAAGGGGCAGCAAUGUUGAAGCCGGGGGCGAGGAAGAGAGGGAGGCGGUAGUAGACAACACCCCCGAUGCUACACAAUUCGAGAGGAAUGUGCACGAGCAUAUCCGCUCAUUGUGUGAGUUUGGGGUUGACGAGCGCUCGAUGAGGACGGUGGACAGGUUCCGGACGGACCGGAUCCCACUGUUUGAGGCGUUUGUUGAGAGGUACGGCAAGACCACCAGAAGAAAGUUCUACACGGCUGUGAUUCGGUUGGAAGGAGUGACUUCGACUGUCUACAGCACUGGUGGUCGCCAUGGAAUAGAAGGCUUUUCGGGGAUUCGUCUGAAGGACCGGCCGUCAUCGGAUGCUGACGAGGACCUCAUCCUCCAGUUCAUCCAAGAGGACUGCGAACUCGGUGACGACGACCUUCUCGUCAGCAAAGCCGAUCUGUUUGAAGCACUUCAGGCGUUUGGAGCUGCAAGAGGAUGGCAGAAGUUCCACAGGGGCCAUGGCAGCACGAUGUCAAAAGUGCUGACAGCGAAGGGUGUGAGGGAAGUUGACGUCCGUUGGCGUGGAGUCAACAGUCGGGUGUUUGCCGGCAUCCGGCCAAAGAGGGGUUACCCAACACCUCAGGAGGUCUUCCGUCAGUUCCUGGGAGCAAGGACUCAGAAGAGGGAGGGAAGCCUUGUUAAGCGGGCUGUUCUCCUCAAUAGGUUCUCCAAGUAUGCAAAGGAGUGCUGCAAGGAGCUGGUAACACCCCUCACCAGCUUAAAGAUGACCCAAGAGAUGGGGGUUUUUGGCUUCAAGCUGGUGACGGCAGGCAGAGACAUGUGUUUUGAAGUGGCGGAAAAAGUCGUCAUGCGUGGUGCAUACGAUUCAAUCACCCCAAAAGUAUUGUUCACAUCACCCGCUAAUGAGCUGUAG